GGAGUGUGGAUAUAAAAGACCUCGGAGGGAUGCCACAUUCACUCAUUCGAUUUAUCCAUCUUUUGGAUGCCCUCCUCCGUCAUGUGGUGUCCAUCUCUUCUUCACGCCUCGCUGCUCCUCUGCCUCGCCAGGGAAACCCUGCAAGGUGGGGUGAAACCUCAGAGCAUGUCUUGGAGGAGGAUCAUGCCAGCCAGAGCAGGUGUCGGCAUCGGAACCAAAGGCGUGAACGGUGCCCACGGAUCAGUGGGAAGAAGAUAUGUCAACAAACCAUUGAAGGCUGGAGUUGGCCACUACGCCGUUCCCAGUCCACUGGGUGUCAUGGGCUACCAACCUCUUGGACAAGGGUUUGUACCUGGACGAUUUCCCGCCUAUGGAAACCCUGGACUCUAUGGUGGCAAUCUUGGCACGGGCUUGCCACUGGGGCACGCACCUGCAAAUGGCCACGGCUUGGGCCACGGAGCCAAACGCGUUUAUGGCGUCAACCCUGUUACGGGAUUUGCCCCUUACGCCGGCAUGGGCUACCCCGCCGUCCGACCAGGUGUUUCUGCGGCGGAAUUGGGACCAUUGGAGGAAGCUGCCCGUAGCCAGGCCGCUCAGGAUCAGAAGAGCGCAAAGACCCGAGCGCUUGGAGGACCAGAAGAAUAUGGAAGGUCCGCCAUGUGGACAGGAAGUCGCAAGAGUUUGGGAUCUGAAGUGAUGUCCACUGGAAGUGGACUCAAAAUCCUUGACCCAAAACCAAAGAUGUCAAGGCCCACCACAGGGGAUUCAAGUCUUGGUCAGGCUGUAGGAGGUGCUCCUGAGCCUUCAGUCCUCAGUCAUGGAGCAAGACAACCACAGUCUGUGGGUAAUGGUGGUGCAGGGAACUAUCUUGGAGGAAACGUGGCCCCAGGGUCUUACGGACCAGCUUUAGGACAGGGAGGAUACCUGGGAGCAGCUGGGAAACUUGGAGCUGCUCUUGGCCAGGGAGGAUACACAAAAGGUGUAUCAACAGGUUAUGCUAACGGUGCCGGACCAUAUGGGGGUGCACUGGCAGGCAACGGCCUAGGUUAUGGAAAUGGUUACGCCAACCCGUACGGAGCUGCUCUGGCCACUGGAAGCUAUGCUGGCCAGCCUCAGGUGCCAUACGGAGGACUCAGUGCAGGAUUGGAUCCAGGUGCUGGCAAGUAUGGUGAGAAUACUCGACUUGUUAUGAUCAUACAAAUGCAUAUAAUCAUGAAAAUACAACCACGAGAGUUUGUUUUCAUCCUCUAGGAGGCGCAGCAUCUCAGGACCCUUAUGGGGGCACUCCGCUUGCUCCUGCCCGACUUGAAGGUGACGGCGGCUCCCUAUACCCCUCCCAGCCCAUCGGCCUCAGUGGCGACGGCAGCAAAAGCGCCAGCAAACACGGUUCCGCAUAUGGAGCUCCACAAGCAGGUUACCUUGCACAGCCACUUGGCCCAAGUCAAGAUGCGUUGGGGGCAAAAGCGUCCAAGUACGGCGUGGGAACCGGACCUCUUGGAGUUGGAUACAGAGGUUGAUUGAAAUGGCCUGCUGGUUUACAGGUGGAUUUUGUUUCUGAUUCACUGAUUUGUUUAUUUUUAUUUUUUUUAAGUCUGUGUGUGUUAUAUUUUCGUAAUCUUUAUACUUAACAGACGUUUAAGCAUUCACUCACUGGUCAAAGUGAAAGUGACGCUUUGAGUGGAUGAUGUACUUAAAAAUAAAUAUGGACAAAACACA